AGUCUUUAGCAUGUGCGUGGAUUGCGUGGAUGCACAGCGCUUGGGCCACUUGACGGAAACAGGACAUUAUGAGUGCUGACCUUGAAAUCUGUGACAUUGACCCUGUGGUUAGAGAGAAAGGAAAAGCAUUUCGCUUUCGGAAGACCCAGACAACAACCACAGCUGCUAUAGUUUUGAAGAUCGACAUGGAGAAAUUGCUUAUAGUUUUAGAUGAGGAAUAUGAGGAUAUUUCUAUCGAUGAUCUUAGAGAGGAACUACCUGCACAUCAGCCACGCUAUGUGUUGUACAGUUAUGUCCAAAAACAUGAUGAUGGAAGAGUAUCAUGUCCUCUCAUUUUUAUUUUCAUCUCUCCUCAAGGUUGCAAACCAGAACUGCAAAUGACAUACUCUGGUUCCAAGAAUUCCCUUGUUAAAGAACUUCAGAUACCCAAGGUUUUUGAGUUAAGGUCUGUAGAAGAAAUGACUGAGGAAUGGCUACUUGAGAAACUCAAGUUUUUCCGUUAAACUACCACAUUUAAGAUGGCUGGCAGCAAUGAUUAUUAGAACCAUUAUUCAGCAUUUCUUUGUUUGAUACUUUAGAUCAAUACUAUGACUCCUUAUCAGUAGUAGUACAAUAAUAUUAUUACUAUCAUUAGCAAUGGUUUGAAAAAAAUUCCCGUUCAUUGGUUUACGAUCAUACGAUCAUUUGUUUUUGAUUUUAUAAGUUACCUAUGGCAAAUAGUGUUAACUGCUAUAUAGACUCCUUCAUUUUAGUUUUAAAUGCUUGUAACUCAAGAAUGACUCUGGUGACCCUGUUAUUUGUCAAUUGUGAUAAUCAUUGAUUU